AUGAUGUAUAACAUGAGCGGACCAGGACUGUUAGGGGUGGCAGAGAGUGGUGCCACCCCUCGCACACCAGAGAUCCUCAACUCGCUGAUGUCGAUGACCAAUCCAUUCGACAGACUAAGAACAGCGACUGUUUCGCCACAGUCUGAUGUCUCAAGCAGCCCUCCAAGUGUUCAGACUACCUGCUCCCAGUUGAUCAAGGAAGGACUUAAACUUACCAUUCAGACCAAGCGGAAAGCUCACAGUAGCAGCAGCUGUGGGGGCUCACCUCUUCUCAAUCGAGACACUGCUGGCAGUCCGGACUCUCUAUGUGAAAAUUCGAAUGAAGGGUUGACACCAGAAGAUGAAGAACGACGACGUAGAAGAAGAGAAAGAAAUAAGAUAGCGGCCACAAAGUGUCGUCAAAAGAAAAGAGAAAGGACCAAUAACCUUGUUUAUGAGUCAGAAGCAUUAGAAACUCAAAAUCUGGAUUUGAAAUCCAAAAUUCAAGAACUUGAAAAAGAAAGGCGGAAAUUAGUUGAUGUACUGUCAGUACACAAGCCAAACUGCAACAAACAUCCAUUUCCAUCUACUUCUUCAUCUUCUUCCUCUUCAUCAUCCUCUGUAUAUCAGGAUUUUGGUCCUCGAUCAGACUACAAUCCAUCUUGCUACCCUUCAAAUUACGAUAUCAUUUGUUCGAGCGAAACUCAAAUUUCAUACCACCGUAAUUCAACAGUAAUUGAAGAAAUUGGAUAUCUGAACCCUUACUUAUAUAAAGACAGGAGUAUGAGAGAGCCUAUGAAUCCAUAUAGUCGGUCAGAGAUACACACCGAUGAUAUUCUGAGAGUGGAUCGGAAUUAUGGGAAUCUCGAUGGAGCUCGACCUUAUCCAAUAAGGCUGGUUGCAAGCACCUCUUCUUCAGAUUAUGAAAGCAACCCUGAACUUCUAGACAGCCCAUCGACAGGAGGAUACCAGUUCCCUGAUGAUCCAUCAUCAUCAUCGACCUUCUCAUCGUCCUCAUCAAUCUUUCCUACUAGCAGCUGUAUUACAUAA